AUGCCAGAAACUCAUAUCACUACACAACAACUAUCAAAAGCACUAUAUGGUAUUAAUAAAGAUGAUAUAAAUGAAGAUUAUAUCAAUUAUAUAGAAGCAUUAGAGUAUAGAAUUGAAUCAUUAGAUGACUUUAUGUCGAGUGAAGCUAUAAGUACGAGUCCCCGGAGUGGUGGAAAUUCUCUAUUUCAUAACCAAACUUAA